AAAAAAGAAAUUAGCAUUGGGAGAAGAUGAUGACACCUCCUAUUCCCCACCUUGGAUUCCACUUUUUAUCUCUGACUUUUACUCUUUGGACAUUAAACUUUAGAAUUUUUUCUGCAGCUAAGAUUUUUUUUUCAACACUUACCAUGGGCUUCAAAGUUUGUCCUUCAUUUCCUUUCCUUAAAUUUACUUUCUGUUUUAUUGCAUGCCACUUCCUUGCACUUGUCCUGUUAAGGAGUCCACCAUGGUCAUUUAAUAUUUAAAGGCCAGGAUCAUUUUGCAGGUUUUAGUUUAAAGGUAACCAUAGCACACACACACACACACACAUUUAUUAUUAAGAGCAGAGAUGCCCUGUAUGUUCUUGGGACUCUUCUUUCCUUUCAGUGUUAGUUUUGUAGGAGUGCUGCUGUCACUAGGUUUCAGCUCUGACAUUGCUGUGGCAAUGAACUAGUGCAUUAACAAUGGGUUCAAAAUGAUGUAAACUGUUCAUGUGGGUGGAGGCGACCAUGCUGAAAAGGGAGAUGAAGCCAGAAAGUGACAGGCCACGGAGAGUCCGGUUUCGGAUCGCAUCAUCUCACAGUGGACGAGUUCUGAAGGAGGUUUAUGAUGAUGGGCAACCAUCUGGCUCUCUGGAUUCUGAAUGUGCCAGUAUUUGUGGGAUAGAUGGACUAAGUGAUUCUGAUGGACAGCAAAAUGGCCACAUUGGAUCUGAAGGCGACGAGCAAGAGAAUGAUCAGGAUAACUUGCUGGUGCUGGCAAGGGCUGCCAGUGAGAAGGGUUUUGGUACAAGAAGAGUCAACAUUUUAAGCAAAAAUGGCACAGUGAGAGGCGUCAAAUACAAAGUGAGUGCUGGCCAAGCUCUAUUUAACAAUUUGACCAAAGUAUUACAGCAACCAUCAACUGACCUAGAAUUUGACCGCGUAGUGAUUUAUACCACUUGUCUUCGAGUGGUGAGGACAACCUUCGAGAGAUGUGAACUGGUUAGAAAGAUCUUCCAAAACCAUCGAGUAAAAUUUGAAGAGAAAAACAUAGCUCUGAAUGGUGAAUAUGGAAAAGAGUUAGAUGAAAGGUGCCGGCGAGUUUCGGAAGCUCCGUCCCUCCCCGUGGUGUUCAUUGAUGGCAAUUAUCUCGGGGGUGCUGAGAAAAUUUUGUCAAUGAAUGAAUCAGGAGAACUGCAAGAUCUCUUAACCAAAAUUGAGAGAGUGCAGCAUCCACACGAGUGUCGCUCCUGUGGAGGCUUCGGUUUUCUUCCAUGCUCCGUGUGCCAUGGGAGCAAGAUGUCAGUAUUUCGAAAUUGCUUUACAGACUCUUUCAAAGCCCUGAAGUGUACAGCUUGCAACGAGAAUGGUCUUCAGCGUUGUAAGAACUGUGCUGCUUAGUGUGAGCUUCUGCCCAGGAAAAGACUCAUUUUAGUAACUGAAAGUCAUCAUUUGAUUUAUACUUUUUUUUUUUUAAAGAAAGCCAUGUUUUUGGAUUUAUCAAUAAAGUUUGUAUAUUA